CCUCGGACCAUCUCCAUCUGGCCAGACGAGCUCGGCCAUGAGUUCAUUUGAAGGCGACACGCUGAUCCUGCCCUGCGUGGCAAUUGGUUCGGUGGCUCAACUGGCUGCUGACGUCCUGCUGGGCCCUGGAUCGCCGUUUGAAGAGGCCAAGCAUGUGAUGGACCUCGACUCGAGCUGCUGCAUGCCCUUUGUCGGAGGUAGCGUCGGGGGACGAAGCAGCGCCCUCAUUACGCCCCUUCAGGUCUAUCGGGAUGCGAACAGCAGAGUCACAAUUGUACAGCAGCGCAGCCCUCCCUUCAAGGCAAGGAAAGACGACUUUGUAGCUCGCUUGGCAGCGUGGGCGAAGCAGUCGCGCUUCCAACAAGUCCUCGUUCUCUCCUCGGUCGAUGCGGCCCUGCGCGGCGACGGCGAGCUCCAGACGGGUUUACGCUUCGUGCAGAGGACGAAUCGCCAGGGUACAACGCUGUCGCCGCGCUUCGCAGACAAAGUCACCUCGCUCGAUUCAUUGACGAGCACACGCUCGCUGCCCGGUUCGGGUGUCGCGAGGCGUCUUAUGGCGUCGCUCGAAAGGGCAGAGGUGCCGGCGAGCCUGUUGGCCGUCUACUGCGCAGAGGGCGACAAUCGAGCGGAUGCAAAAGCCAUGGCGAUGCACGUCUACAAAGCCGUCGAUCCCAGCGGCAGGCCAUGGACUGAGGUACGGGAGCCAGAGGAGUGGACCAUGGUCUUUGGCUCGGGACCGGAUCAGAGCUUGUUUAAUUAAUUGAUACAGCAGUAGUUGCACACCACUAGUCUCCCCCCCUUUUAAAAGAAAUAGCUAGAAGCAGUGAUCACCAGGGCAAGGCAGGAAGAGCACGGGAAUCGAAGGAGUGC